AUGAGGCGGCCUAAGGGCAGAGGCAGAGGGCGGCCUAAGGGCGGAGGCGGCGAUGGCCUGAGAGCGAAGACUGCUCGGUAUGGUGCCGGAGAAGAAGACGUCGCCGGAGCAAGACCGAGGGGGGCGGCGUGGGAGGACGGGCGUCACCAAGGGGGCCCACAUGUUUUGGUCCGUCGCAAACGGCUUAACUCCGACGGGGAGGACGGGACGGAGGGGCGGCGGCGUAGGAGAACGGUGGAUAAGCAACAGAGUUUUAGAGAUCUUUUGAGGUGCACAGAUGAAGAGGAGCGGCUGAGGAUGAGGGAGAUAUACAAGAAGGCAAAAAGGGAAGCGAAAAAGGCGGUGACCGAGGCAAAAAACACAGCCUAUAAACAAAUGUAUGAACGUUUGGAAACGAAAGAGGGGGAGCAUGAUAUGUUCAAGAUUGCCAAAGCUAGGGAGCGAAGAAGACAAGAUCUAGGAGUAGUAAAGUUUAUCAAAGGAGAGGAUGGACGUGUUUUAGUCAAGGCACAUGACAUUAAAUUGAGAUGGCAAACCUACUUCCAUAAUCUUUUCAACGACGGUAGGGCAUACCAACAAGAUAGCAGCAAUCCCAGGACUCAAAGGCGACAACAGAAUAAUUGCUACUGCAAGAGGAUCACACAGGAAGAGGUGAGGAUGGCACUUAGGAAGAUGGGAAGAGGCAAGGCAGUGGGUUUGGACAACAUACCGAUCGAGGUGUGGAAGUGUUUGGGGGAAGAAGGGGUCCAAUGGUUAACACUUUUGUUCAAUCAUAUUUUCAAGACUGGAAAAAUGCCAGAUCAGUAG